AUGAAAGAUGAAAAAAAAAAACAAAAGAUUCAAGAAAAAGUACUUAAUGAAAAUAUUGCAAAUCAAAACAAUUCGGAUGUUGAAAAAAUUACAAGUGAAAGUGAAAAUGAAAUUGAAAAUGUAAAUGAGAUUGAGAAUGCAAAUGAGAUUGAAAAUGCAAAUGAAGUUCAAACAAAUAAAGUAUGA